AUGUCAAGUAAUCAGUCUGAUUAUGGCCCUCUUCCACAAGCGAUUGGUAGGGCUCUCAGUGAUAAAAUGUAUGAGAAAAGGAAGGGAGCAGCACUGGAUAUAGAAAAGCUUGUUCGUGAUCUAGCAGCCAAGGGAGACAAAGACCAGAUCCAUAAGUUGAUAGCUGUCCUUGGGUCUGAUUUUGCCCUUUCGCCAAACACAAGUCUCAAGAGAGGUGGGCUUAUCGGUCUUGCUGCUACAGCCACUGGACUUGGAAAGGAGUCUUCAGGCUAUGUAUCAGAGCUGAUCAAACCAGUCCUGCCUUGUUUCAAAGACCCAGAUAGCAGGACCCGCUACCUAGCCUGUGAAGCACUCUAUAACAUAGCCAAGGUCACCAGGAAUGCCAUCCUCAAGCACUUCAAUGAUGUAUUCAAUGUCCUCUUUGUGCUUGCUGCAGAUCCAGAUAUAAAUGUCAAGAAUGGUUCAGAGUUGUUGGAUAGACUCUUGAAGGACAUUGUCACAGGUAGCCCAAAUUUUGAUCUGAAUGCAUUCAUCAACUUAUUACGAGAGAGGAUCUACACACAGAAUUCCUUUGUGGGCCAGUUUAUUCUAUCAUGGGUGACUACAUUGGACUCUGUACCAGACAUCAACAUGCUGGUUUUCUUACCUGAGAUACUGGAUGGCCUCUUUCAUAUUCUCAGUGAUCAGAACAAGGAAGUCAGAAAAAUGUGUGAGUUUUGUCUUGAUGAGUUUCUGAAAGGAAUCCGCAAGAAUCCGAGCAGCGCUGACUUUCCAAACAUGGUGAACAUUCUAACCACUCACACGACAUCCCAAGUUGAAUUGAUCCAGCUUACAGCAAUGACUUGGAUUAGAGAAUUCUUGAAUUUAGCGGGAAGAUCAUUGCUUCAUUUUAUGUCAGCAUUAAUGAGUGCCGCACUUCCCUGUCUGGCUUAUGAAGAACAACAUCGGAAGAGUAUCAAAGAUGUUGCUACAUCAGUCAAUCAAAGUCUGAUGAGACUGGUAACACAGAGUGAUGACGAAGAUACGAACCAACAUGCAAUAACAAGUACUCCUGAGAAAUCUGAUAUAACCAGUAUUACUCUUCCAGUGAAGCUCCAGCUUGCCCCGAUAGUCCAGGUCCUGACCCGGUACUUAGGUCACAAGUCAAUGCAGACCAGGAUAGCUGUAUUACAGUGGAUCUAUCAUCUACACAUCAAGACACCAAAGAAGAUAUUCUAUCAUGUUGAGCAACUCUUCCCAGUUCUCCUGAAGACUCUAUCAGAUCCAUCCGAUGAGGUUGUUCUCCGUGACCUUGAGGUCCUUGCCGAGAUAGUCUCUUCAUCGGCUGGUCCGGAGUUUAUUGCCGACCAGCAAGCAGCCAAUCAGAUCGCCCAAUCAGCAUCCAACACAUCCUUCAAGGCAGUAUCAGGUACCAACAAGUACUUCAAAGACUUCAUGGUGAAGCUUCUCAACCUCUUUUCCACUGAUCCACAACUUCUUGAGGAUAGAGGCUCUUUUAUCAUUAGGCAGCUGUGUCUGUUAUUGAAUGCUGAACACAUCUACCAAGCCCUGUCUAAGAUUCUUCUGGAUUCGCCCGACAUGAAGUUUGCUACUACGAUGGUCCAGACCCUGAACACCAUCCUGCUGACCUCCACCGAGCUGUUUGAACUCCGCAGUAAACUCAAGGAUCUUAAAACAGAGGCUAGUUGCAGUUUAUUCUGCUGUCUUUACAAGUCUUGGUGCCAUAGUCCCGUUGCUACUGUCUCACUGUGUCUUCUCACUCAAAACUACAAACAUUCCUGUGAUCUUAUAUACCAAUUUGGAGACUUGGAAGUCACUGUUGAUUUUCUCACGGAGAUUGACAAGUUAGUCCAGCUUAUUGAGUCACCUAUAUUCACUUAUCUUCGGCUUCAGCUAUUAGAUGCAGAGCACAACCCCUUUCUUCUGAAGAGCCUGUAUGGUUUGCUGAUGCUGCUACCACAGAGUACUGCCUUCAACACCCUUCAUCAUAGGCUCACUUGUGUACCUAAUCUUCAGUACUUGUCGGGUACAGGGGGAACAUCCAAGAAACUAUUCCUACCGGGGAAUAAGGCUACUGUUGACUCAAGUAAGGGCGACUCAUCUUACAAGAAGAAUAUCAACUGGAGUCAGAUGCUGGAGCACUUUCAUCAGAUCCAGCAGGACCACAGUAAAGCUAAGAGAUCCAGACAUCUACCCAUGGAGACCCUGUCAUCUGGACGAUCCUGAGAUCAUGAUCUUAGGGAUGCCGGCUUUCAUGCAUUCAGCUGGAUAUGCCUUCCUGCACGCAGGAGAGGAUAUGGCAGUUUGGGGAUGCAUUCUGUCAUUGCCAAGGUUUUGAGACAUCCCCCAUGGCUUUGGUUAGAAGUUGUUGUCACUUUUAUUUGUUUUUCGUCAGCAUCCGUUGCUGAUGAGCCAUUGCCAAAGAUGACAGCUUAGUUAUGCUAGUCAUUGUAGAUCCUUAACUCUGAAGGAUAGGAAAUGACAAGUAUGCGGAUGCCAAAGACUAUUGCCAGUGAACUUGAAGUGACACAUUCUCCAUGGUCUCUUGUCAAAAGCUUCUAUGGUUCAUUUCCUGAUAAUCUAUUGUCAAUUAGCCAGUGCCAAAGACAACAAGAUCUCUGUACGAUUCAUCGUGAAUAAUUAAGUAGAUUAUUGUGAAUGAAUGAAUGAACAUAGUAUGAACAUACCUACGGCAGGAUUGUGUUGGUGCUUGCUAGGAUCACCAAAUUCUUUAUGUACUGUAAAAGAAUGCCUGGUUUUCCAUGAAAUAUCUACUAUGAAAUGAACUGUAAAUGGUGUUGAAUUCACCGAGGUGCGAUCAUCAAUUUAUAAGGUAAUCCUGGAAGCAAGAGGAAACCUAGGCCAGGGUCACUCCCGUCCUACAGCAUGUCAAGAUUGACUGGUCAAUCACAUCUAUGGAAAGCCAGCAAUGCCAAUGUCUGUCCAAAUUGUUUUCUAAAUAUGAUGUAUACUGGUACAUGCAUUAUUGUAUUGACAAAUCAGUGUGUCCAUCUUUGUUUUCAAAGGGAAAUUGCAUACAUUUCUUAUCUGAAGAAUUCUGACAUUGAUGGAUUUCCAUAGUUCAGGGUCCCGUAACACAAAGGUUAGCGAUUGAUCACUAAUGGGCAAUUCCAUAAAAUGUGUACGUCCGACCCCAUAUAUGUGGGACCUUCAUGAAAUUUUCUGUCUCUGAUUUCUCGUUCUUUUGACAGUCUGUUAUGUUCUCAAAUGACCAUGAUUUGGUCAGUUUAUGAAGUGAAGUAAGACUCAAGAAAAAUGGGGGUCUCAUGUACAAAAAGAUUGAUCAUUUUAUGGAAUUGCCCUAUUUUGAAAGAACAAUUCUGAUUGGUUCCUAGUCAGUCUACCGAGCAAAAUGCGCAUGCAACGAUGAUCUUCAUAGGCCAUUUCAUGUAGCGAUUAACCGCUUACCUUUGUGUAACGGCGCCCGGAUGUCUUUGUAAGAUAGGGGCCUAGGCCUCAUUAAUGUAUCUUGUGACUAAUGGUCUUAUUGAGAUGGAGGAUUGGUUUGUUUCAAUGGAAUUAAAUGUCAAAUUGAAGCUGCUGAAUUUAUGUCUCUCCUGUUUCUUUCUCUCUGGACUGCAAUCACUCCACUUAUCCCAUCUUUCUAAGAAGCUCUUACUUUAUGGCAUCCUCUUGCUCACUCACUCUCGGUCUCUUUUUUUCAUCUCUCUAUCUCUCUUAUUUAAAUAUUUAUAUUUUUUGUUCUGGAUGAAAAAUAUACUUGGGUGUUUAACCACUGUAUUAGUGGGAGCUUCCUGAAAUGAUCAGUUUUCUAGUCGUCGCGAUAUUGUCAUGCUCUCUAAUUAUCGUGUCAUUAGCAGGACAUAAAAAAGGUUGGAACAUUUUAUGGAAGUGUCCUAAUCUCGAUGGCAAUUUGGCAUUUCUCUCUGAUAUUUUAAACAUACAUGGAUUACAAAGUUUGAAAAUAUGAAGAAAGAAUUAGUAUUGUUUACCGACUCAGAAAGUAAGCCGUCAAAUGUUCAAUGAAUGGAGCUGCUUGUAUCUCAGCAAAAUAACUGAAAUAUUCAGAGGUUUUCUUUAAGACAGUCAACCAAAAUUUAUGAUGAAAGAUUAUAUGGCUCAUAGAUUGUCAUGUUAUUGUCCUAUAUUGGUGAUGUUUAAUUAGGAAUAAGAUUCUAUGAAAUGGAUGUGCUUUAGCUAGUUAUCUUGAGCCAUUUUAUGGCAAAAGGGUUAAUGUUGGGAGGAAAACAGAAUAAAUCUAAAAAACCUCACCUUUGUUUUAAUUUUUUCUUUGUAAUAUUUGUUAUGUGCUCUUCCCAACGUGAUUUUCGCAACCAUAUUAUUGAAUACAUAUCUUAGCAUUGUCAUUGCUUGCUAUUUAUAACCAAGAAUAUUGACUUGUAUUCAAGUUUGGUAAAGAUUUGAGUGAAAAUCUAUCUUGCUUACUUUAAAAGUAAACAUAUUAUUGACUUUCAGACAUUCUCUGAACAUUCCCAGGAUGUGACGUUUUAUUUCUCAUGAAAUUAAUAUUCAGUAUGUAAAAGUAAUAUAGAAUUUGUAUGUGCAAUUUACAGAUAAACUCUGUGUGUAUGUCACAUGAACAAGUGACAUUGACAUUUGAUUGUAAUGGUAAUAUGAUAUUUUUGUAUGUUUAAAAGCAACCAAAUGGUUCAAAAACUGAAUGCAUUGCCAAUAUCACUGCUUAGAACCCCCCCCCCCGAGACAUAUUUUUCUACUUUUCCAACUGUUAACUAUAAAUCAUGCAAGAAUACAAACGUAACCAAAGUAUUUCAGUUUAACCCCUAUUUAACGGGGGGGGGGGGGGGGGUCAAAUUGACCCCCCUCUACAAAUUUCAUCACUACGCCAUCGCGCAAUUUAAAAACACUCAUACACUUAUUCGCAUAAUUAAUUAAUAAUAAAAAUAAACAAUUUUUAGAAAAUUUUACGAUACAGUCUUGUAGUUUACAACGGACUCUAUGUGCGUGCAAAUUUUUGCGGCGAUCACAUAUCAGCGACCGAGAUCUGAAACCUCCCCCUAUAUCCUGGUCUGAAAUAGCCAGUUAAAUUAGGGUAUGAAGUACAGUCAAUAUUGGAGAGGUGCUGGAGCAGAAAUAGAUACAGCGUCAUCAGAAUAUUCCUGAUUUUACCAACUUUCCUAAAAGCUUUGAUUCUCAGAAAUCUAUGCAUUUAAAAAAUUGUUUGCUUGUGUACUCAAUCCAAAACACCAAGCGGUCAAAACUCUGAUUUAAAGAUAUCAAGUCGUUUGUUUUUUUCUUCACUGCAGUCAAUGCGUGUUUUUACUGUUAGCACGUAGAUAAAUUGUGAACAAGAACAGUACCUAGAUUUUGCUUAAGGAAGGUUAUUGUGACCUCACUAAAGAGUUUCACCUUCACAACAAAACAAUCGAGGGAUAUUUGCAUAAAUGUUUUACUGUUAGUGUGUAUGUACUUUGCAUGAUCAUCACUGCAUGUGAUGGAGAUAGAUGGAACAAACAAAAAAUAAAGUGGCAAUGACUUUGUAUUUCGCACAUACUCUUAAUAAUUCAAUGCGUUAUGACCCCAUCAGCUGAAGUAAGUGACAACGGGAAAUGCAAAAGUUCCAUCACUUCCAGUGACAUUGAAGGGAAAAUUACUCUUUUCUUUCACAUAAUUUACUUUUGACCAAUCGUAUAGCAAGGUUCUUAGUAUGUGGAAUAUAAAUACUUGAAAUCAUUCAUUUCAUCUGCCAUAGUGUUUUGACAGAGGCAGUGAAUGAAGUCAUCCCUCUGUCCCUCGUAGUUUCAUCUUGUAAUUUCCAUGUUACAGUUUCAUUAUUAUGCAUUUUGUAACUUCAUAUUUUACUGAUUUUUUGCAUUUUUAAAUCCAGAAACCAAACAGUAACAUAAAUGUAUGGAUGCAACAAUUGCUCUAUGAUUAGCUUUACUGUUAUGAACUUGCUCUGUGUCUUUGUAGAAAUCAUCGUAAAUUUGUAAAAACAUAUUUUUUUUUACAUUUCUUUUGCAAUUCUGAUUUUGUUGAUACAGAGUAUUUAUAUAUGAAAUAUAUAUCAAUUAUGAUUAAA